CUUCUCUCAGCCACUGAGCCUCUCUCAGCCUGCCUCCGCUUGCUCUUUAGCUCAGCUCGUCACCUGCCCUUGAGUUCCUGUGGAUAGAUGAGACUGAGAGGAAGCCGUUCUGUAGUCUGGCUCUUCUAAACCCUAUCUCUGCUGUAUUUUUUUAUCUCAGGGCUGUUUUCAUUCUUUUUUAUCCUCUCUGCUCUGGGGCUGUAGUGGAGUUGGGUGGAGAGGAGCAUUUGUCCCUGGCUGGCGGAGCUCCGAUGGGAGGCAGCUCUGCUUCUGGCUGGGACUGGGGAUGCUGAACGGGGGGAGGGAGGGCCUGUUUCAGCUGGGACAGCAGCUCCAGCAGCAGGGGGAGUACCAGGCCGCCCUACACUGCUUCCUCAGCUCUCUGCUGGGUUUGAGGCACGUGCAGAGCUUCACCUCGCUGCCCAACUGCCUGCAUCAGAUUGCUGAACUCUUCAUCUCCGAAAAUAAUUUCGGCAAGGCCCUGCAGUUCAUUCAGGCUGAGAAGAUGUUCUAUGAGGUUGCUCUGAUCGAGCUCACUGCUGUUCAGGGGAGCACAGGCCCCCAGGAGGAGGCUUUGCUGGGCUCGGCGGGGACAGGAUGGGCAUCCUCAGAGGAGCUAUCGGAUCACGCCUCCCAGGCACAGCACCUGGAGCAGCUAGCCCAGCUCUGCAUCGUGAGUAAAAGACCUCAUCUUGCUUUAGAGUACAGUGGGAAAGCCACUAAGAUCCAUCAGAGGGCUUUUGGCAACGACCACCCGAUCACAGACAGGAGUCUGGAGCUGCUGGCCACCGUCUACGCAGAGAUCGGCAAGACAGAAUACUCAGACUCCCUGGGCCAGUGUGUGUCAGUGCUGUCCAAGAGGUUUGCUGCUGCCGAGUCCUUCAGAGACAAACUCAACAACGGUCUUCCCCAUUCCCACUCUCAUUCCCAUUCCCAUCGGGAGAAACACUCCGAGGUCUGGCACAGGAAAGACCCCAGUACACAGGAUGAUACACCAAAACCAAAGGUCACCAACGGUAAAAUUCCUACGUCCAUACUGAAGAGGUCUGUCUCAGGAUCAGACUCGGAGCCCAGCCACAGACGGAAAGGCGAGCGACGGGUCCGGUUCCGGGAGCCUGAGACCACUGUGCAUGACGUUCCAUACUAUGACUGUUUAGAUGCCUAUGACACGUCACCGCCACGCCCCCACCUGGCCCUGUUCACCUGCUUGUUCUUGCUGAUGUCACUGCUGGGCGUGGUCAUGUACAGCACGGACCGCCGGCGCCCACAGCGUGUGUGUGAGGAGCUGGAGGCCUCACUGGCUGUCUAUCUGAUACACAUGAAACAGCUGCUGUGGGGCUGCUGGAUCUGGCUAACCAUGCAGUGACUGGGAGCCACCAAAGGGGGAGACGUGGAGCACUGAAUUCACUCUCUUGCUCACUACAUGUCCCUUAAGGUGUCCUUACCCAGCUUGGUCUACGAGCACACCUCAGUCAUACACACUGACUACCUAUCUAUCUAUGGUGUUGAGAUGUGCACCCCUACUGCUACGCUCACACCCAUAUAUGGAGAAAUGUGUAAUCUCAGAGAUACAGUACGUAUCCUCCAUGCCUGUACACUGGUGGUAUGCAGCCAUGUUUGUUUUGUCGAUAAGAUGUUUUGCACGUCAGCAAUGUUGACGCUCACUGAUUAUGCUCAUUUAAUUGCUACAAUUAUUUACAUUUUCCAUUCUUGACGCGAUCUAUUGUAUGUGAGUAAAUGUUUAAUGUUUAAUGGAAUGUAAAAUCAAUUGUAUUUAUUUUAUUACAAUACUACAGUACGUAAUUUUGUGUACUUAAAAGAUUACUACAGAUAUGAAUGUGUAUAUACCGUAUAGUAAGGACUAUCACAAUAUUACGCCUUGUUAUUGCACAUAAUUGAAUGUAGAAAAUGUGAAAACUGCUUUAAAUUGGCAAAAAACACCCUUACUGUCUAAAAUAAGGAUUAUGGAUUGAGUCGAGCACAAUGUGACCACCUUUUAAAAAGGAUUUCUGAAACAGACACAGGACUGCUUCAAUUCACAGUGCCAGGUUGAUAUAGCAAAUUGAUUGACAAAGCCAUCUUUCUUUUACAGCAUAAAUACUGUAGUCUGACCAUUUUUAGGUCAGAUAAAUGUUGUGAUCCCAGUUGGACAAAGAUGACAACUUCAGCACAAUAAUAUGAAUGCUCUCUUUCCUGGGAAUGUACUCAAAUUCAAUGAGUGAUUAUGACAGUGUACCUCUUGGUAAAUGCUAAAAUGCCAUAGGCAAUAUCCUCUAAAUGUUAUUUAUUUCUUAUAUACUGCAUAUCUGCAUCUACUCAAAUAUCCAAUACUUUUGUUUUCUUUACAGUACAUUUUGAAAGGGCUUUUUUUGCAUUUCUAUUUUUUGAUUGAUCCGAUAUUCAGGUUUUAAUCUUCAUGUCAAAUGCUUUUAAAGCUGUGGAUUAUUUGGGGAUUGAAACAUACUUUAAAUUAGAGUAAAUGUUUAUGCUGCAAAGUAAAUAAAAGGAAUGUACAUUAACUGUACGGUCCGAUGAUCUAGGGUAAGAUGCAGCAACAUUAUGACACUAAUUGAAGCAUCACUGUGGGACCUUCAUUAACUGGCACCAUUCAAAUAUCGAGCAUUUAGAAAUUGAGUCUCUUCUUUAAAUGUGUUGUGCUUUAAAGGGCAAUGUGAUGCUUAUCAAAUACAUGUCAAUCUGAGCAAUAAAACACAAAACAUUGUUUCCAAUAAUACAUAUUCUUUAUACAGCUUUCAGGGAACACAACUAUAGGAAAGAGUCAGUGUUGGAAAAAAUCUGAGCAAUACGAUGCAACCAAUGUCUGAAUGGAAGAGAUACUGAGACUGAAGGUUUUCUCUGCACUCUCAAGCGGAACGACUGUCAUUAGCAACACAAAUAUCUAGCAAGUAAACAUGGCCUGUAUCUGCACAUUUUGGUUAGUAGCUGCAUUUCACUGCUGACAAUCUGUAUGUGGUCACUUUGAAAGAAGUGCCUUUUAGAAGGAUUUCUUAGUUUCUAUCUUUUUUUAUUUUAUUUUAUUAUUUUAAAUAAAACUGUCAUUGCAUACCAAAGUCA